AUGUCGACCACGCCAUUCUUGGUCCGGGUGGAAGGAGACGGCCAGCCAGAGCAGACUAUCACGCAAGCUCCCGCGCAGGACAAGGCGACGGGACUGCCCGCCACGAUCACUACACUUGCCAGUUCCACCAACGGCGCCACCGUGGGAGAUGUGGUCAUCAAGCUGGACUCGACGGUGGCGGCGCACCUCCAGGCGCUGCUUUCAGCCUCGGACAACAACAAUUGCGAUGUGAGCGCCGAUUUCUUUCCUUCAUCCUCUCUCCGGACUCGCUCUCUUGAUUUGGCCAACAUCGUCUGUGGCGCGCAAAACAUUAUCUCCGACAGCAUUCACCACGGGGGUUAUCCGAAUUGGUUGCUCAUGAACCAGGGACGUUUUCCGUUCACCGCCGCGGACUUGACCGCAGGUGCGAAUGCGGUGGUGCAGUGGAACCUCGCUCUGGGCCACGAGUUGAAUCAGCGGAUCAGCCCAUCUCAUCUCCAUGGCUUGGCUAUCGGAGCCUUCGUCUCCGCAUUGUCUUUCUAUCUGAACGAGGGUAUCACGACCGACAAUGUGAUCCCAUCCGCAUAUCUUCAAGGGGGUCCCACUGCCACGGUGUGCCAAGCGCAGACGGCGACUCAAUGCGGCGUGGAAUGUGGAGUCCAGCCCUGGGCUCCUCAAUUCACUUGUUUGACUAGCUGCUCGACCGUCACGAGCUGUGACGCGCAGAAUGCACUCACCACCACCAUGACCACCAUCAUGACCGCCUUCGGUCCCCAGGCGACAGGACCUUCAUCCGCGAACCAAGGGCAGCAGAUCGCCGUCGCAUCGUACGUCAGUCCGCUGGGAGACCCGACGGCCUGGGAUCGGCUGAUCAAGUAUGAUGUGAAGAAGAUGCCAAUCUUAGUUGCCAACGUCGUGAACGGACCGGACUCUGCCGUUGAUACGAGCUGGCAGGAUGUAAUUCAGCGAGCUUCCGAUGCCGGUAAAACAGUUCUCGGCUAUGUGCGCACCGGAUACCUGGGUGUAAGCGCUCAGAAAUUCCAAACACGACUGGGCUCCGGUGAUCUGGCAGAUUGGGCCGCUCAGAUUGAGGAAGAUGUUGCCAUGUGGUACAAACUCUACGGCGACAGCAUCGGUGGCAUCUUCUUCGAUGAAGGCUGGCCAGAAUGUGGCGACAACAAUAAAUACGUGGACUUUUACAAGUACAUCAACGCCUAUACGAAGCGUGCUCACCCCGACGCGUACACCGUCCUGAACCCCGGGUCGCCCAUGGCGUCUUGCUUCGAGGAUACCAUGGACACACUGCUUACUUUCGAGCUGAGCUACGACUCCUACAUCAACUGUUACACUCCUAACACUUGGACCCCCAAAGACCCACGAAAGCUUUGGCAUAUAGUGUACAACGUGUCCGAGUCCUCGAUUAGCGAGGUUGUCAAGUUAGCUAAUAAGCGCGGGGCGGGCUUCUUGCAGCUCACUAAUGACCUAAUGCCCAAUCCAUACGACACUCUGCCCGAGGACUCGUACAUUCAAAGCAUGAUGGACGCAAUGGACGGCGGCUCGCUGCUGAAAGCAGAUGCAGCCGCCUGGAAGGCAGAUGGCGAGGCAGGUACUGUCACUGAGCUGACGGUGGUGACCUCGGACUAUAGUUCGGCGAAACUAUCCUGGAAUGCCGCCACAAAUGCUCAGGGCUAUAAUGUGUAUGCCGGUGGUACUCUUGUUGCCAGCGUCCCCAGCUCAAUGACUGAGGUGACGAUUGGCAGCCUCGCCUCCGGAACCAGCUACACGAUCUAUAUCAGCGCCGUAGGAGAAGGCGGCAAACUGGGCUCGUCUUCGAACCAGGUGACAGUGGCCACCGAAUCAUUGCCUGGUGGGAAGACAGUGACCAACUACAAAUCUUCUCCCCGGGAGAGCUCGACCGUCAUCGAGGCUGAUGUGCUGGUUCCUUACUCCUUGGUCCGCCUCUACCUCUGGGACUCAAUCGAAUGCGACUUCGACAAUGAUCCAGGGUGGAGAGUUGAUUUUGAAGUCGACGACUAUGUCUGCGCUCACUAUAUGGUCGAUGGCACGACCCUUUACCGCUACAACGGGGUCCUUCCGAAGGGCUCCACCGCGCCUCCGUGGUCAUGGGAAAUAAUUGACACCGUCACCCGCGAUAUCAACGGCUACACUUACACAUGGACCUUGCCUCUGGGCACGUCGACUGUCGACACGAGCAAAUUCGUGGUUCAGGCGCAGGGCUACAAUCCUCUGACCAACAUCUUCGAGCCAGACCCGUCCGACUAUGAUUGCAAGGGCUCGUCUAUGUGCACCACCCCGGAUCUGCUGGAGUGGUGCGAUCACGCCGUGGAUAACUUGUACCGAGACGACAAUUUGAAUUAUCAUUCGGCUGAGAUGAUUGAUGGUACUUAUUGGAACUCCCAAAGUGGAAACUGUUGGGGCGAUCAGACUCGGAGUUGCGGCGUCUUCAUCCAGGGUCAGAACUGCAGUAUCAGUGGGAACGACAUGUGGAACGACUACCAGAAUAUCCGCAACAUCGGCGGCUGUAAGAAGUGCGGCUCGUACCACCGGGAUGACGGGUGUCUGGUGACUAUCAAUUAUGUCUAUCAAUGCGAUAACCAUUGA